AUGUUUUCAGCAGCUCGUUCAGAUACCUUAUUCUUAGGUGGCGAAAAGAUCAGUGGUGAUGAUAUUCGUAACCAAAAUGUAUUAGCUGCACAGUCCGUGGCCAACGUUGUAAAGUCGUCCUUGGGGCCAGUUGGAUUGGAUAAAAUGUUGGUCGAUGAUAUUGGAGAUGUUACGGUAACAAAUGACGGUGCUACGAUCUUAUCGCUCUUGGAUGUUCAACAUCCAGCAGGUAAAAUCUUAGUGGAGUUGGCACAGCAACAAGAUCGAGAAGUUGGAGAUGGUACCACUUCAGUUGUAAUUAUUGCUAGUGAAUUGUUGAAAAGAGCCAAUGAAUUAGUUAAAAAUAAAGUCCAUCCCACCACGAUUAUUAGUGGCUAUAGACUCGCUUUAAGGGAGGCCAUUCCUUAUAUCAAUGAAGUUUUGUCACAGUCAGUCGAUUCUUUAGGGAAGGAAACGCUCAUCAACAUAGCGAAAACUUCGAUGUCUUCUAAAAUCAUUGGAUCCGAUUCGGAUUUUUUUGCUAGAAUUGUUGUCGAUGCAAUGCUUGCUGUUAAAACUCAAAACUCUAAAGGUGAAUUAAAAUAUCCAGUCAAGGCGGUUAAUGUCUUAAAAGCGCACGGUAAGUCCUCUACAGAGUCGAUGCUCAUUAAUGGAUAUGCUCUCAACUGUACCAUCGCCUCCCAAGCGAUGGUCAAGUCAGUUAAAAAUGCCAAGAUCGCUUGUUUGGACAUUAACUUACAGAAAGCUAAAAUGGCAAUGGGCGUUCAAAUUAACAUUGAUGAUCCUGAUCAGUUGGAAGAAAUUAGAAAAAGAGAAUAUGGAAUUGUUAUCGAAAGAAUCAAAAAGAUUUUAAGUGCAGGUGCCAACGUCAUCUUGACCACAAAGGGUAUAGAUGAUUUAUGCUUGAAGGAAUUUGUAGAGACUAAUACAAUGGCAGUGAGACGUUGCAAAAAAGAAGAUCUCAGAAGAAUUGCAAGGGCUACUGGUGCUACCUUAAUUAGUAACUUGUCGAACUUGGAAGGUGAAGAGUCGUUUGAGGCAUCUUCUUUGGGCCAGGCUGAGGAGGUUGUUCAAACAAGAAUUAGCGAUGACGAGUGCAUUUUGAUUAAAGGCACCAAACAACAUUCGUCUUCCUCCAUAAUAUUGAGAGGUCCUAAUGAUUAUUCUUUGGAUGAGAUGGAAAGAUCUUUACACGAUUCCUUGUCGGUGGUUAAAAGAACUCUUGAGAGUGGUCAUGUUGUCCCUGGUGGAGGUGCCGUCGAAGUCGCACUUAAUAUUUAUUUAGAAAAUUUUGCUACGACUGUUGGAUCUAGGGAACAAUUAGCUAUUGCAGAGUUUGCUAAUGCUUUAUUGAUAAUCCCGAAAACAUUAGCGGCAAAUGCAGCUAAGGAUGCAUCUGAUUUGGUUUCGAGAUUAAGGACAUAUCAUGCUGCUUGUCAAACCGCUUUACCUUCAGACACUAAAAGAAAGAAGUAUAAGAACUACGGGCUUGAUUUGAUUGAAGGAAAGAUUGUUAACGAAAGUAUCAAUGGUGUUUUGGAGCCAACAGUUUCUAAAAUUAAAUCAUUAAAAUCUGCAUUAGAAGCUUGCAUUGCCAUCUUACGAAUUGAUACCAUGAUCACAGUUGCGCCGGAUCCGCCCAAAGAGGACCCACAUCAACACUAA